AUGCCGGCCGACUACGAUGCACUCUCGGACGGCAGCGAGCUUACGGGUGAAGACUCUGCCUCGGACCACCACCGCGAAGAGGACGACGACGAGGUCAUGGCCUCCGCCCCGCGCACACCCUCCAAGAAGCGCCGUCGCAUCGUCCGCGCAACAGAGGACGACGACGAGGAUGAAGAGGAAGUCGCGGACGCCCUCGAGGAUGAUGCUGACCAGCUUGAUGACGACGAGGAGGAGGAAGAAGACGAGGUGGAGGAUGACAACGACGAGCUUGACGAAGACGACGAGGACUACGACGCGCCUUCUACCUCCCGGGCGCGGCCGUCGCGCACGUCCGGGCGACAAUCGGCAUCAUCGUCUCGCGGAGCAGGCACACCCAAGAGGGCAUCUCGAACGUCCACUCGCACUGCUGCCGUCGAGACACCACCUGCCAGCACGGGUGCGAAGAAGUCUCUGCGUGUCAAGCUCACCCGCACGCCGAACGCUGCAUCCGUCCCUGCGCCCGAAGCCUCCUCCGUCCCUUCGAGCCGUCCGACGCGUGCAGCAGCAGCCGCUCCACCUUCGCGCCGCGCCAUGGACUCGACCAAAGUCAAGUGGAAGCCGCGCGGCAAGGGCAAAGACUCGGACGUGGACGACGACUCGAUUCGCACCCCCGAUGAGGACGAACUCGAUGACGAAGAGCCGGACGUCUCUCGCGCCGUCACUGCUGAUCCGGACGACUCUGGAUCUGAUUCGGCUUCCGAGCCGGACGAGGCGACUGCUGCAGAGAUGCAGGCAAUCAUCGGCAAGACGGCGCGCCAGCUCGCGCGCGAGGGCGGCGUCGAGUCCGAACACCUGGAGCUGCCCAUGUUUGAUCCGAACCGCAAAAAGAAGCUCACCGAGAACGAGAUUGCUCUGCGCCGAAGCGAGACGGCGCGCAAGAGGAAGAACCAGGUGGAGAAGAAGCUCGAAGACGACAAGGUCGAGACGAUCAACCGGCUGCUCAAGAAGCAGGUCGGCAGGAGUCGCAACAAGCUUCCGCGUGCGGGCAGUGCCGAGGACUCGGACGACGAGGCCGAACAAGCUCGUCGCCGCGGACGCGAAGAGAUCUCGCGCAAGGCGCUCAAGGAGAUGCCUGCUCCGUUCUUCAGGUACAUCGACCGUGCCGACGGCAAGAUCCUCGCGGUCCCAUCGGGCCCACCGCUAGUGGAGGAGGUGUGGGGUCCGAACUAUGUCCAGGUCAACCAGGCGCUUAUUGAGGAGGUGGACGCUGACUCGAUCGCGACGGCUACCUCGGCGAAAGCACGAGAGCUGGAGGAAAAGGCCAAGCAACGCUUCCAGCAGCAGCGCGAGCGCUGGGACGACGACCAGACGCUCGAACGCGUCUGGGGUCAAGAAGGGCUGUACGAGUACAAGCUGCGCGCUGCCUUGGGUCAGACGCGGCGCGAGUGGAUCGGCAACCGACGCGCACCCACGCCUGAAAACGACGCGCAGUCCGAGGACAAAGACGAGGAGGUCGACCAAGAUGCCGAUGCCGCCGACGAAGACAACGAGGCUUCCGAGCAGCCAGAUGAAUCCGAGUCGAAAUGA